GCUGGUAGUUUUAGACAGGGGAGACGUCUGCUUCGGAGCAAACUCAAACACAAAGUUUUCAAUGAAGUACUUUUAGGCAAAGCCUUGCCGGAACACGAGGAACGGAUAACAAGUUCGUGUUUUCUUUCUGCGGAGAUGCUGUGAUGGACGACGCAGUCGACGCAGUCUUCCUGCCGGACCGGCGGGGCGGUCCACCACCGGUGAGCAACCCCCUGCUGGACCAGCUGCCCAGCUACCAGUCGCUGCUCUACCGCCGCAAGUCGUCCAGCGCGACCCGCGGCGGUGGUGGUGGUGGUGGUGGUGCCGGUGCUGGCGGAGCGGGAGGAGGCGGCGCCAAGAGGAGGAACAGCAGCCUGCGCGAGCGCUUCGGGUCGCUGGGGAAAUGGACCACGGGGCGGUCGGCAGAGAGCAAGCAGAAGGCUGACACCCUGCAGCGGCCGGUCAGGGAGCAGCCCAAGACCAUGGAGGAGAAGCGCCUGGACAGGGACCAGCGUAGGGAACAGGACAGGAAGCUGGGCGGCUGGAGCCAGUGGCGGCGGAGCAUGCGGCGCUCCCUGAGGCGCAUGAGGGACGAUGGCAUGGACUGGUUGCGCAGCCUGGAGCUGUGGAGGGGCGAGAUCCACGUCAUCGAGGGAAUGUUCGGCACGGGGAUCCUGUCCUACUUCUCCUUCCUGCGCUUCCUGGUGCUGCUGAACUUCGUCAUGUUCCUGCUGAUGUUCGGCUUCGUCAUGCUGCCCAUCGUGGUGGCGCCCAGCUACUCGGGCAACCUCACCUCUCUCUUCAGCAACAGAAGUGAGUGCAGCGACUACCCCACGACAGCCCGCAGAGGCCUUGUGGUGUUCCACCAGUACAUCACAGACCUGCUCUCAGGAACGGGCUUCCUGGAGCAAACCUACCUCUUCUAUGGUUACUACAAAGUGGGACUGAUCCACUUCCCCAGCUACUCCUACAACCUCCCGCUGGCCUACCUGCUGGUCACGGUGGCCUACCUGUUCCUCAGCCUCGUCUGGAUCGUCAAAAGAUCUGCUGCUGGCUUCAAGCAGAAUCUCAUUCAGGACGAGGAUCGCUUCCAGAGCUUCUGCAACAAGAUCUUCGCCGGCUGGGACUUCUGCAUCACCAAUGAGAACGCUUCCCGGCUGAAGAGGAGCAGCUUACUGUAUGAACUCAAGACGGACCUGGAGGAGGAGCGCAUCAAGCAGAAGAUUGCCGAUCGCACGCGGAAGGACAAGUGCCGCAUCUUUGCCCUGCGCGCCGUCCUCAACGUCUUCGUGCUGGCCGUACUGGCCGGCUGCUUCUACUGCAUCUACAGGGCCACCAUCUUCUCACAAGAGGCACAGUUGAACUUGGCGGCGUCGAACUUCAUCUCGGACCUGAUCUACGAGUACCUGCCCUCCAUCGUCAUCACCCUGGCCAACUUCAUGACCCCGCUCAUCUUCAGCCUCAUCAUUCAGUUCGAGGACUACUCCCCCGCCUUCGAGAUCCGCUUCACGCUCAUGAGGUGUGUGUUCAUGCGUCUCGCCAGCAUUGGGGUUCUGCUGUUCUCUCUCUGGUCCAAGAUCAGAUUCUGCAAGGGCACGGAGUGUCCCUGUGGAUACAACCUCAGCAACUACCCUUGUUGGGAGACGCGAGUUGGGCAGGAGAUGUACAAGCUGAUGAUUUUCGACUUCCUCAUCAUCGGCGCCGUCACCGUCUUUGUGGAGUUUCCUAGAAAGAUCAUCUUCAACCACUGUGCGUGUGGGCUGGCCAAGUGGUGGGGGCAGCAGGAGUUUGCCAUCCCCCAGAACGUGCUGGAGAUCGUCUAUGGCCAGACUAUCUGCUGGAUCGGCACCUACUACUGCCCUCUGCUGCCCGCCAUCAACACCAUCAAGUACUUCAUCAUCUUCUACAUCAAGAAGGUGAGCCUGGUGAACAACUGUCGUCCGGCCACGCGUCCGUUCCGGGCCUCCAGCUCCAACUUCUUCUUCCUGGUGGUGCUGCUGAUCGGCCUGGCGCUGGCCUGCGUCCCCGUGCUCAUCAGCAUCGGACAUAUCAACAGUUCCCAGGCGUGCGGGCCCUUCAUCAGCUACACCACCUCGUGGGCCGUGGUCCCGGAGACGGUGAAGACGCUCCCUCAGGGUCUGGCCACCUUCCUCUACGCCCUGGCCUCCGAGCCCUUCGCCGUCUCACUCUUCGUCAUCUCAUGUCUGGCCAUGUUCUAUAUCAUUGCAUUGGCUGGAGCCCAUAAGAAGGUCAUAAACCAACUACGGGAACAAUUGGCUAUGGAGGGCAGAGACAAGCGCUUCCUGAUCCAGAAGCUAGUGCAAGCCCAGAAGAGGGCGUCGGCAGCAGCCUCCGGCCGCGGCUCAUCUUCCGGAGGUGCUAGGGGACGCACCUCCUCCUCAGCCCCGCGUAGCUCCUCCUCCAACACCAGCCAGGAGCGCGCACCUCAGUAUUACCCGCCCAGCCGAGAAGGCUCCGGAGUCUUCCUGGUCCACCCAUCACCCGACUCUGCCACUCAAGCAGCAAUGGCAAAAUCUUUAAUUUUGAUGGUCAUUAUUUGCUCUCACUAUGUGGCAUUAACGAUUUCAGCCGAUGACAUCGUCGUGGCUUGCGGGGGCUUUGUGAAGUCGGACGUAGAAAUAAAUUAUUCUCUUAUCGAGAUUAAAUUAUACACUAAACAAGGAUCGUUGAAAUACCAAACAGAUUGUGCUCCGAUCAAUGGCUACUUCAUGAUACCACUUUAUGACAAGGGGGACUAUGUGUUAAAGAUUGAGCCACCAUUGGGCUGGAGCUUUGAGCCCACCAGUGUAGACCUCCACGUAGAUGGGGUGAGCGACAUCUGCACCAAAGAGCAGGACAUCAACUUUGUCUUCACCGGCUUCUCUGUCUCAGGAUCGGUGCUGAGUAAAGGGCAGCUUCUGGGUCCUGCUGGCGUGGCCGUGAGCCUGAAGAAGGAGGGUGCCGAGGGCAGCCUGCAGACGGUGCGCACACAGCACGGAGGAAAGUACACAUUCUUCAAGGUGCUUCCUGGAAAUUAUGACAUCACCGCCUCCCAUGAUUCCUGGACUCUGGAGCAGAGGAGCACAUCGGUGCGCGUGUCCAAUGCCAACGCGGGUGCGGCGGCAGCCCUGGUGGUGGGGGGCUAUGACGUGUCCGGGGAGGUGCGGAGCGACGGCGAGCCCAUGAAGGGCGUCUCCUUCCUGCUCUUCUCCGCCACCGUCAAGAAGGAGGUGUUGGUGGUGGUGACUGACGAGCGUCUCCUCUCCUCCUCCUCCUCCUCCUCCUCGGUGCAGGAUGUGGGGGGCUGUAACGGUAACGCGCUGGACGCCGGAGUCAUGUUGGACGACGACGCCCUGGCCUUCCUCUGCAGCGCCCAGUCGGGAGACGACGGCACCUUCCGAUUCCCCUCGCUCAUCAGCGGCGCGUACACACUGGUGCCUUACUACCGGGGCGAGAGGAUCACCUUUGACGUGGCCCCGUCCAGGAUGGACUUCAGCGUGGAGCACAACAGCCUGAAGCUGGAGCCGAUCUUCCGUGUGAUGGGCUUCUCGGUGAUGGGGCGAGUGCUGAACAGCCAGGAUGGAGAGGGGGUACCUGACGCCACCGUCACACUCAACAACCAGAUCAAAGUGUUGACCAAAGAGGACGGCUCCUUCCGCCUGGAGAACAUGACCACAGGCACCUACACCAUCCGCACCAGCAAGGAGCUCAUGUUCUUCGAGCCCAUCACCGUCAAGAUCGCCCCCAACACCCCGCAGCUCCCCGACAUCGUCACCGCAGGGUUCAGCGUGUGUGGGCGCAUCGCCGUCUCCCGUCUGCCAGAGGGCAUGAAGCAGCAAGGGCGCUACAAGGUCACCCUCUCCAGCGGGCAGGACAAGGUGGCCACUACCGAGAGUGACCACACGGGGGCCUUCUGCUUCCAGGCCAGACCCGGAGACUACAGCAUUCAGGUGACGCUGCCCGAUGCGGAGGUGAGGGCGGGCCUGGCCCUGCAGCCCCAGGCGCUGGCCAUCUCCCUGCUGGACCGGCCCCUCAGCGACCUGCUCUUCACACAGUUCAUGGCCACCGUCUCCGGCAAGGUCUCCUGCCUAGUGGCGUGCGACGACCUGACGGUGACCCUUCAGCCAAUCAGCAGGCAGGGGGAGAAGCGUCUGGUGCAGCUCUCCGGCAGCAGUGACACCCUCACCUUCUCCUUCGACGACAUCCUGCCCGGAAAAUACAAAGCGAGCGUCUCUCAGGAGGAGUGGUGCUGGAAGAACAAGUCUCUGGAAGUGGAGGUGCUGGACGCCGACGUCAUGGGCGUGGAGUUCCGGCAGAACGGAUACAUCCUCCGCUGCUCCCUGUCCCACGCCAUCACCCUGGAAUUCUUCCAGGAUGAAGUCAAGCCUGAGAUUGUUGGCGUCUACAACCUGUCCAAAGGUGUCAACCGCUUCUGCCUCUCCAAACCAGGUGUGUACAAAGUGACCCCUCGUUCCUGCCACCAGUUUGAGCAGGAGUACUACACUUACGACACGUCUGCCCCCAGCAUCCUCACCCUGACUGCAGUCAGGCAUCACAUGACUGGUCUCAUCACCACCGACAAAAUGCUGGACGUCACCGUGACCCUUAAGUCCUCGAUAGAGAGCGAGCCUGCCGUGGUGCUGGGCCCCCUGCGCUCGCUGGAGGAGCAGCGGCAGGAGCAGCAGCUGCAGGAGAUCGCCGCCCGCAGGCAGGAGAGGGAACGGCGCGAGGAGCCCGACAACCCCGCCGUCCAGGAGAAGGCCGACGAGCUCACCGGGCCCUUCCACUACGAGUUCUCCCACUGGGCCAGAGCCGGAGAGAAGAUCACCGUGACGCCCUCAUCAACGGAGCUCCUCUUCUACCCACCCGAGCUGGAGGCCACCAUCACUGGAGAGUCGUGUCCGGGCCGCACGGUGAGCAUCGAGGGCCGGGCGGGGCUCUUCCUGCAUGGCCAGGUGUCCCCCGAGCUGCAGGGCGUGGACAUCUCCAUCAGCCAGAGGGGAGGGGCCUCCAGCGAACCCGUGGUCAUCGUGCUCACGGACGAGAGCGGAGCGUACAGUGUGGGCCCCCUGCAUAGUGACCAGGAGUAUGACAUCAGUGCCAAUAAGGAGGGCUUCGUCCUCACCCCAGUGGAGGGUACCCCAGGAGACUUCAAGGCCUUCGCCCUGGCCGGCGUCACCUUCGAGAUCAAGGCGGAGGAUGGCACGGCCUUGUCUGGGGUGCUGCUGUCCCUCAGCGGAGGAAACUUCCGCUCCAACCUCCUCACCCAGGACACUGGCCUCCUCACCUUCAACAACCUGAGUCCGGGUCAGUACUACUUCAAGCCUAUGAUGAAGGAGUUCCGCUUUGAGCCGGCGUCCCAGAUGAUCACCAUUGAUGAGGGCCAGAACCUGCAGAUCCCAAUCACCGGCUUCAAGACCGCAUACAGCUGCUAUGGUGCGGUGCAGUCCCUGAGUGGCGACGCUGAGCCAGGCGUGGCGGUGGAGGCGGUGGGCCAGGCGGAGUGCAGCAUCUACAGCGAGGACACCGUCACCGACGACGACGGACGCUUCAGGCUCCGCGGCCUGCUGCCUGGUUGCAAGUACCUGGUCCGACUGAGGGAGGAGGGCAACAACCACAUCGAGCGAGCACUGCCCCAGCACCGACCCAUCGAGGUUGCCAGCAGUGAUGUCGAGGGAGUGAACAUCAUCGCCUUCCGCCAGAUCAACCAGUUUGAUCUCAGUGGAAACAUCAUCACCCCACCCGAGCACCUCUCCUCUCUAUGGGUGAAGCUGUAUAAGAAUGAUAAUCUGGAUAACCCGGUGCAGAGUGUAUCUCUGGGACAGGCCUUCUUCUUCCACUUCACCCCCUUGAAGAGAGACGGAGAGAGCUACGUGCUGAUGCUGGACACCUCGCUCUCCCGCUCCCAGUUCGACUACACCCUCCCCCAGGUGUCCUUCACUGCCUCGGGGUACCACAAGCACGUCACCCUCAACUUCAACCCCACCAGGAAGGUUCCAGACCAAGAUGUAGCCCAGGGAUCCUACAUCGCCCUCCCCCUCACACUGCUGCUGUUGCUGGCUGCCUACAACCAUGAAAGGGUGAUCCCCCUACUGCUGCAGCUGGUGAGCCGUGUGCAGGGCGUGCGGUCCCUGAGCCAGCCCAGUGGCGGGGACAGCCUCGCCAUGGACGAAGCCAAGCGCCUGGCCAAGAGGCCAAAGAUGCGCCGUACGUGAUCCCCCACCCCCCCCCCAAACUACCACCUGCCACCAUCAAUACCACUUCAACCAACACCCAACUCUGUCGGUGUCCAUGACCCCCCCCUCCCCAGGCCAAGAGGGUCACAAGACCCCUUCUCUCCUCCACCUCCAAACCACCUGCCAUCAACCCAUCAAAUAGGUGUCAAAGAUCUGCUUCAGGAGUCAAAAAGGCCUGCCACAGUCCCCUUCCAUCACAGGUGACCUCAAGUAUGGAGUGAUUCAAAGCUGGUUGGAUCAAAUUUGUGGCAGGGUUUUCUUUUUACACGUUCUGUACACCUUUUGGAUACCACUAUCGCCAUUACCAACAUCAACACCCGGUCCGGUCAGUUUCACCCCUCAGUUCUCUUACCAGCUCUUUACCAACUUUACCAGACUGCAGGGCGUGCGUGCGUGUGUGUGUUUGACCACACUCGCUCUCUUUUACCCUUUUUAAAGACUCAACUUACAGUCUUAUCUAUCGACCAUUCAGAUGAAAAAACUAGAGUGGAAAAGGAAAAAAGUGUGUAAAGAAGACUGGUGUGUGAGUGUGUGUGUGAAUAUGCUGCUGCUUGCUUGCUUGAGGCCAAGUGCGUUUCAAAGAGACCUUUUUAUCGUCUUGAUCAAGGACAACUUAGUACAAUUUAGUCAGCAGAGGAAAAGAAAAUGAAAGACACUUUUGAACUGUUAGAUUAUCAUCUCUUGCAAGGACUGAACAUUCUCACAUGGAUUCUGGGUAGAAAAAAAGACUUCACUUCUUCAAUGAGGUGGUCUUCACGCAUCAGAAACAGAAAUAGGCUGGUUUUUUUGAGAUUUCUCGGUUUCUCCAUUCUGGCCAGCUAUUCCCACAGCUUGUUUUAUUAUUUAAAAGUGGAUGUUGAUGUGAAACCAAUU